ACGUUAUAUCUGCUGUCCACUCACCAACGACCUCACAUAAAAAGCUGCCCAUUGUCUUCAGCAGCUGCUGUUUGGCUCUCUUCACCUCCACAAAUUUACAGAAGUUGAAGUGAGGAGCACGACAGAUCCAGAGCGAUGAAUCCCAGAGGGGAAAAGCCGAAGUCAAAGAUUUCGGCUUCUCGCAAGCUCUCCCUCAAAAUGCUGCUCCUCACAAGAGCCUGUGAGGAUUUGGAGAAGGAGAGGCAAGAGAGGGAGGAGGAGAAAGUGCGCUAUUUAGGAGAGAAGUUGCCCCCUUUGCAGUUGUCUGGAAUGUCCAUGAAAGAACUACAAGACCUUUGCAAGCAGCUUCAUGCAAAAAUCGAUAUUGUGGAUGAGGAGAGAUAUGACUGUGAAUACAAAGUGAGCAAACACAACAAAGAUAUCCAUGAGCUGAAGCUGAAGGUACAGGACCUUGGGGGCAAGUUCAAAAAGCCUGCCCUGCGAAAAGUGAGGGUGUCAGCAGAUGAGAUGAUGAGAGCUCUCUUGGGCUCCAAACACAAGGGCUCAAUGGACCUCAGAGCCAACCUCAAGUCUGUGAAGAAAGAGGAUGUGAAACAGGACAAGGUGCUUACCUCUGAAGUGGGCGACUGGCGUAAGAAUGUGGAGGCCAUGUCAGGUAUGGAGGGCCGUAAGAAGAUGUUCGACACAGGUGGCGGAGCACAGUGAGCUCACCUAAAAGCAGGGAAACUUGAGCUGCCUAGACAGA